AUGCAACUUCCGGACGGACGAACUCUUGGAUUCGCUGAAUAUGGUAGAUCUGAUGAUUAUCCCUUGAUAUUCAUCCACGGAUUUCCCACUUCACGCCCUGAAACACUGGGCAUUGAUGAAAUAGUCCUGCGCCAAAGGAUUCGUGUGAUCACGCCCGACCGCAAUGGAUUCGGCCUAACCACCUUUGACCCGAAGCAUACAAUUCUGCAGUGGCCACAUGAUAUUCAGUCCUUGGGUCAAGACCUCGGUCUGAGUCGGUUUGCGAUUCUGGGAGGCUCUGGUGGUGGCCCAUUUGCGUUGGCUUGCGCAGAUCGAUUGUCUCCUGAUAUGCUCUCGGCAGUGGGGAUUAUGACUGGUGCAGGACCAUGGGAAGCAGGGACUCACUACAUGGCCUCACUAUAUCGGGCUUCUGCAAAGAUGGCCGAUCGAUGGCCGAUCGAUGGCCGAUCGAUGGCCCUCGUCAUAUGCAGCUCUGCUCCAGUCGCUCUUUUGGACGCUGAAGAAAGUCUCGUCUUCACCCUCUGGAGCUCGGCAAAUAGACAAACUCCUAGCCAGGACUGA